AUGACCAGUCUCGCAUUCGGAACCACGAUUCUUGUCUUAGUGUGGUUCUCACAGCGUCACUAUGGAUUAGGAACAGAUGAUGGCUCAUCAAUCAUUCUCUUCGGAUGGCGCUUCACUCCUACAUUGCUUGCUGUCAUCUACACCCAAAUGACUGUCAUUCUCUUUGAAGAUGUCAAAAGAACGGAACCUUUCGCACGGCUGGCCAAAGCUCCUUCUGACGGAGCAAGCGCGUCUGGUACAGUUCUUUACCAGAGCAUGUCGGUCUUUUUCGACGUCACGUUCAAGCGCAAAUCGGUUGGCAAGACUAGCUGGUGCUUGAUAUUCGCCGCAUUCGUCAACACACUCGCUAUGCUUGCCAUAUCGCCCCUCUCAUCAGCACUGCUUACAUCGGAAGAAGUCAUCAUUCCGAGAACUAUAGAGUUUUCCAGAAUCGUUCCGCGGGACGGCGUCCAAUUACCUCUCGUCGCAAACAGAGAAACAUACUUUAGGACUAUAGGUGCCUUGAUGAGAAACGUAUCUACAUCGGCGUGGAUCACCGAUUCCUCCCUAACGCUACCUUUUUGGCCUUCGUCCGAAGAAAUGCAACUAAGCCCUAAUCUCGUGUCUACUGCUGGAUCCUGGGAAACGGAGACUACGAGAUUACACACCAGCCUUUCUUGUCAGAACAUGACUCUCGAGAGCGCUGAGAUGACCUCUAAACCUUUCUCAGGAGCAUAUGAUAUCACGGGUAAAGGACCAUACAACGGUACUCAACCGAUGGUAUCGUUCGUACUGAGUUCACAUGAUGGAUGUAGGUAUGAACUAUCGCUUCAUCCAAAUGCCGACAUCGCCUAUAAUGGAGGUUCCACUUGGUCAAACGCAUCAACUUUCUAUCCUGUCUGGGGCAGUUCUUUGUACGUUGGGCGCAUCCCAUUUGCGGCGAACAUCUCUUCGACUAGUCCGUAUGCACGCUUGAAAACUUCCGAUCAGUGUAGAGACCGCGAAAUAAUUUUCUCCAACACGCCAUGGACAAAAUCUAUACAAUUGAGCAUGGGCCACGGUCCUGCUCUACCACUUAACCAAACAUACGAACGAUCGCCUAGUUUCCGAAUGAAGGCUAUGCUCUGUGAAUCUCGGUACACAAUGGAGAAGCUAUCAGUGAUAGCUUCCAUGUCCAGCACAAAAGCAACAACAAUAAACACAACCUCCGUCUCCAGCAACGUGAGUGAGGUAGUUCCUCGCACACUAGUUGACCUCCCCAAGUUCCAGGAGUUGGCUCUGCAAGAUAAUUGGAAGAACUAUUUCAACAGAGUAGGUAUGAGCUACGAUGCAGACAACGCAAUGGAUAAGAACCUGCAGGCGGAUGCAGCGUAUAAUUAUCAAGCUGCUGUCCCUUCGUUCUCUGGUAUUGGACCACUACUCGCUGCACUGUAUUCUUUUAACAUCUCAGCUAUGCUGGACGACCCUCACCUGGUCGAACAAGCAGCUCGCGUCAAAGGACGCUUCUUCACAGAAAGUCUUCGCGAUGCACUCACCAAUAAUGAGGUGGUGCAAUCGAAACUCAUCAAUGGGGAGUCUACCGUCAUUGAAGAAAGAGUCAUGGUACUCAGAGAAAUCGGAAUCACACUAGCUGCUCUUUUUUUCUUAUCAUCACUUCUACUUUUGCUGACCUUUUGGUUCUCGCGUUUGUCACAUCGGCCACUCGACCUACAAACCGAUCCUAGUAGUGCGGUAGGAUUGAGCAUGCUACUCGACCCACAGCUGGCUAGGACUUCUGCCUUCAAGAAAAUGCAUCAGAAAGGGAGUAAGCAAUUUUACUCCACACUGCGUACUGCGACUUUCUGUACAUCAGACGGUACGCUGCAGACAGGUAACAAUGUGGAUCAAUCUGUCAACAGAACAAUCUCGACCGAAGAGGAAAAACCUAGACGCAAGUGGCGACCCCUCGUCAUUAGGGUGCGAGCGCUAUCUGCUUUGGUCAGCUUCUUUGUCCUCAUUGCAGUGGCUGUCCUUAUUUUGAGCCUGUUUUCUUCUCAGUCACGCCUCUCGCAAGUGGCUUUCGUUUACAAGACCGAUGUGUCUCGCCUGGGUCUGAGCUUCCCCUCGUUCGCCCCAAUUUCGAUCGCACCCACAGUUGUGAGUAUUGUGAUUGGACUAUGGUGGGGUCAGCUCGACAUGAUGUUCCGAGUGCUCCAACCCUUCAUAUCCAUGUCACGAGAGCCAACGCCGAUCACCAAAGGUGCAGGAUUGUCCUAUCGGUCAAAUACAUGGGUCGGAGCUGCAAUCAAAGCAGCUCGCAACAGACACUUUGUGCUUCUAAUGGUCGCUACUGGAAGCGUAUUAUGUCAAGUUUUAACGGUCUCUAUGUCGGCACUGUUCGAAAGGCAAGCGGCUAAUAUCACACAAAAAACUGGGCUUAACCGGACACUCAGUCUGAGACGUGACCCAGUCAUAACAAAAAUCAGAACAGAACCCGCCUAUGAGUUUGGGUAUAUGGACAAUAUCCGUGCCUAUGCAGUGCUCGAUGAACUUUAUCUUGAUCCUCCCAAGAACUGGUUGGCAGGUGCGGCGAUACAACUUUCUCUCAACAGCUCUCAACUUCCAUGGACUUCAGACGGAUGGAGCUUCGUACCCCUUGAUUUAUCAGAGUUACCGGACUACGUUUCAGUCCAGAAGACUGCCGAUUCCGACGUGAAAGGAUUGCCUGAUCAUCCGACCAAUGUCACACUUCAAACAACUGGAAUCCGCGCGCGCCUUGAGUGCGACCCGAUUCAGGAGAUAAGUAAUGUCUCGUCUUGGAUCGCUCCUAUCAAGGAGGGGGACGGCGUUCCAGACACUUUCAAUACGACGGGAGUUGAGGACUAUUAUUGGCUGAAUAGCACAAUGUUCGACAAUACCCCUUCGAAUACCUCGGCUUUCGCGAACACCAACCGGAUUCAAUGUUGUACUAACAACACUCACGGAACGACACAUGAGGCUGCAAUUGGCUACUGGUCGCCUACAGAUGCUCAAGAAGUUCCGCAUGCCAGCAAAACGUGGCCAAUUCCUUUCGUCACGAAAUGGAUAGUGGGGAAGCCAAUCAAGAUCCCCUUGGGGAGCGAUUCAGAAGUAGCUCCUGCGUUAAACCUUUUACUCUUCAAGGAAGUGCCAUUGUUACAAGCUGCUCGCUGUAUACCCAUUAUCGAGAUGGCAGACACGAUAGUAACUGUUGAUAAAGUUACAGCGUCUGUCUUCUCCUAUGAGCUCAGUGAACAUCCCAGGCCUGCAGAUUCGGCAUGGUCAGACGUUUUUGGAAUUCAUGAUCUUUCCAAUACAGACAAACAUUAUAACCAAAAGUACACUGGGCCGCUAAAUAUUACGACAAGUUUUGGCGUCCUCUUCAUGGAUGCUAUGUUCAGAGCUUCAGAUCCCGAUGAUGUCAAUACAGGAUUGGCUACGUACUGGCAGCCUGUUGAAGACAAUGCCUUUGUCAUGCAUGACCAAGAGCAUGGUCUCAACAUGGACUUUAUGACGUAUAGUAUGUAUGCCGCAGCCGCGAAAGACGCAAAAGCACUCCUGGAUUACACCACUCUCGUACGCCAUGCAGACCGGACCUUUCAAACUUUCUUCCAGCAUUUUGUUGCAAACGGCAUGUCUCUCAAGGAAGGUGGCUUAGCUUAUCAGGGCAUCAACGAUCGUAGCCUUGAAGAUCUGGGACGGUUGGUCGAUAUCAACGGGACUGCGCUUCCUGCUCGACAAUACCCUACGUCUGACACGAAUAGUACUGCCGAGGCUUGGGUCUCUAACCGUGUUCAAGUUCUACACAUGAACCCUAUUGCUACGUAUUUAACCAUUGCUAUACUCAUCUGGUUGAUUGGUACUACGGCUGUAGUUAUGUGUUUACAACGACGGUAUAUGAGUUGUAUGGUUCGCGAUGUACAGUUGAUAGCAGACAUUUUGGUGCUUGUUGCUGGCAGCGACAACCUUUUGAAGCUGGUUCAUGAGAGAGGUAUUUCGCUGAAGCGAGACGAGAUCAUCAAAACAAAGUUGGGAUGGUUCAAGGAUCAAGACGGGGAGAUCAGAUGGGGUGUUGAGGUUGUCGGGGGUACGAAUGCCGUGGAAUGGGUGGACACACCCAAAGAGAUAGCAUAG